CAGCAAACCUGGACUCUUCCCCUUCUCUCCGAGGUUCUCUCUGUACUGACCGCCUAUUUCGCCGGUGAUUUCUCCGUCGACUCCGGUAGCGGGACACAGGAGCUGCAACAGACUGCGGGGAACUUCCUCACACUCUGCCCCUCGCUGCUGUCCCAGGAGCGGCCGCUGGAGGAGCAGACACUUACGUGUCUCCUCGUUCUCUGCCAGACGAUGGACGGGACCUCUCUGGCCUCCUCUCGCUCAUUCUAUGAGUCGCUGCUGUGCCAGCACCAGGCUGUGUUGGUCAGUGUGGUGCAGGGCUGUGGGGGGCUUCCCCAAGGAGGGGCACGUGGCCAGGGUUGUCGAGGAGCGAAGGCGGGGGGAGAGGGCGCUGAGGAAGUGUACACAGCAGCGCUGGCUGCACUGUGUCACGUCGCACCCAGAGAGACCUGCUGUCAGCCGGCCAAACACCAGGUGGCUCUCUACGUGACUGAACGUCUCCUGGCCAAGGAGGUCGGCCGAGGAACGGGCGGCUUCCUCGACGGGUUACAAGACACGGGCUUGACACUCGACACACUGAAGGUCCUAUAUUCGUGCUGUAACGUCAGUCGAGACGCCUGUCAGCUUGUCGUGGACGAGGUUCUGCAAAACAUUCUGUCAAUGCUGGAGAAACAGGUCAGUCCCGAUGACCCUGUUCAGUGUCACAACCUGGAGCUCUCUCUCUACCUGCUGUCGGUGCUGGUGAUACAACUGGAGUGUGUCCCGGACUUACUACAACAAUCCGCUGGGAUGAUCUCCUCUAUUUUGCUCCGGUCUCCGGCUCACAUGAGUGCUGCCUCCCUCCUGUGGAUGGAGUUGACCUCUCGAGGUUGUGCGCUGGAGCUUCACCUCGAGGACUUCCUGCCAGCGGCCCUCAUCACGCUGAUGUCUGCCGUCCCGCUUCCCAUCACCCCACCGGGACACCUGGGCAGGUUCGAUGCAUUACUCACCCUCCUCUUGCAGUUUGUGUCUCAGGGAGCCGCUGCCGAUCUCCUGCACUCUGAGCUCUGGCCCUCUCUCUGGCAGCGAGUCGCUUUCGCUCUGCAUCUCCCCCUGGACCGUCCCAUCAUGGAGGGGGAAACCCCCCGAGCCGGCAGAGCCACCCCCACCCCCGACUGGAUCUCCCUCUCCCCGUCUGGGCUCCUGGCCUUCCUCACCAUCGCUACACAUGUUUUCACGGCGGCCCCGUCCCAGUGCAUCGCUCUGAUGUCCAGUCCCACCAGCGUCGUCCUGACAACCCUCGGUCACCUGCUGACGGAGCAGUUCCUGCAUCACCUGGACCAGAGGCUCGGGGCCAUGGGGGAGCUGCCCCAGGACUGUGGGUGGUGGCUGGUUCUGCGUGUCUGCCAGCUCCUAUGUUUCCCCUUCGCUGUCGACGUGGAGGAGCCACUCCUGACUGACGUUCUGCGGGCUUUCCUGGAGGUGGAGGUGGUGCCGCACCUGGCCCUGAUGACCCUCUCCGCCCUCCACCCCCGGAUCCUGACCUGCCCCUCUCCCUCCUGUGCCGCCUGUCUCUCUGCGGGCCCCCCUUCAUCUCCCAGCUGCUCUCCCAGUCGGGCAGGGGGUUGGGGGAUAGGAGCCAGCCGUCCUGAGGGAAGGGUGGGUGAGGGAGGGGGAGUGAGGAGGUAGAGGGCUUGUGGAGUG